AUGGUGCCGCAAUCUUCAUACCUUGCCCAUUUGGGGCCUGACCAGACGGAGGACACGGAAGCGAGUAUUUCAUCACAGCAGCCCGAUUUGGAAGUCCUGGUUUCACAUCUUGUGGCUGCAAAGCGCUCUCUUUCGUCUAUUCACCAUGUCUGGCGAGCCAAUGAAAUCGUCACCAGAGCCCGUGCUGCUCUGGAAGAGAGCGUUAUAGUAUCUUCACGCACCAGCUUUCUCCGUCGGGGUUUAUACGAGCAGCUCAAACUGUUGUAUGGCGUAAGAACUGAGGUUGAGCGGGUGGCCCAUCGCGGUCGCUCGGAAUUUGCAGCUGCACUGAAAGAAAUGGACAACGUUGAUGCACGGCUCACUGAGACGUUGGACAUGCUACGCGACACGACGGUAGAGGCUGAGUUCAGACCUCCAGGGGAGGAACCAAAGACGCUCUAUGAUUUUGUCGAUGAUCGCGGCGUGGAGGACCUUCAGUCCCUGCUAAAGGCUUCGAUUGACAAUACCAAUGCCGCACAAGCCGCACUAGAUCGGUCGAACCGUGCUUUCGACAUUGACAUUCACUCAAUCCACCAGGCGUUGGGGAAGUAUCGUGAUGUGGUUAGAAAGCGCCUGGGCUCCUCAUCCUCAUUAUCAUCAUCAUCGCCCUCUGCAUCACGACUCAGCAUUCCAUCCCCAUUGCUUGUUCCGGAACUCCUGCGUUCCUUGGAGGCGCAUGCCAGGGGAAUGGCUGACCUCCUUGAAUCCUUGGUCCGGCAUUUCGAUCUCUGUGUAACGGCAGUAAAGCACACGGAAGGUGGUGGUGCCGCUGCUCGCUCUAUCACAGGCGACCUGCCAACUGGAGUCGGCAUAGUCAGCGUUGGACACAAAACCCAAGACUUGAAUGACAGUGGCAACCUCCUGGCGCCUCCCGAACCAAUCACAAAGGAGGAAUAUCAAGAAAUGAUAAACGUGCUAACAAAGGACGCAUCUGAGGCCGAAGACGUUGUGCUAGAAAUUCAAGACCGCAUUGCUGAGAUGGAAUCAACUCUUGAACAAGUUCUAGAACAAUGCAACGCUGUCAACGCCAUCUACAUGUCAACGACAGAUGUCUUCUACAGUCUAUCGAAGGUUGCCUCGUCACAGUUAACGGACUACAUCUCCCAGGCACAUGCCUUCGCGCGUGUCUGGAAGGAGGAGCACGAGAAUAUUCAGGCAAGCAUGGCCGAGCUGGCUGAUCUACGGAACCUAUACGCGGGUUUCCUGGAUGCCUACGACAGGCUGAUCAUGGAGGUUACACGACGCAAAGCCGUCCGCGCUGCUGUUGGCAAGGUGCUCAAGGAAACUAGACGGGAACUCGAUAAGUUAUUCGAAGACGACGUGCAUGCUCGCGAGAUGUUUAGGACGGAGUAUGGCGACUAUUUGCCGUCGGAUAUAUGGCCCGGACUCGGAAGAUGUCCUGCUAGAGUCGAGUUUACGUGGUUGCCUGGCGUGAAACUGGAUAAUGCGGAAAUUAUGCGCAUGUCUGGAGAGCAGCAAGGAAUUGGGGGCGAUGAGGCACUGGAUGGGGUUGAAGGUGCUGGUGGUGAUACGGCUGAUGAUAAGCCUACUGCUUCCGGGCAGGACGAUGCCACCGUUAUUGCUGGCGAGAAUGAUGAUGAAUCUGGUGGCUGCGAUGACAGCAUACCACAGUUGCCCAAGCAUGUCGUGCAACAAGCGGUUACACGAUUGAGGACACGAGCAAAGGGCCUGAAGCUCUUGCAGUCAUGA